AACCUCAGCCCUCACAUCUGUUUAACAUGUCUGAUGGAAAGAAACCACUUAAUAACAAAUCCGUCGAGGAGUUGUUGAGCUUGCUCUCGAUGGGGGUCGAGUUGAACGAAGCUCAAAAGAAACAAAUGAAAGACCACAAGUUUUGGAAGACUCAGCCAGUUCCUGAUUACGACGAACAGAUCGUUAAAGAAGGUCCUAUUGACCAACACAAAACCCCUGCUGAUAUUCCAAAUGAUCCGUACCCCUUACUCGGUGACUUUGAAUGGUAUGAUGUCAAUUUGGAUGAUGACGUUGAGCUCGACGAGUUGUACCAGUUGUUGUAUGAGAAUUACGUUGAGGACGAGGAUGCCACAUUUAGGUUCAAAUAUAGCAGAGAGUUUUUCAAAUGGGCAUUGAAGCCGCCAGGAUGGAGAAAGGAGUGGCACGUUGGUGUUAGAGUCAAGACCAGUGGUAGGUUGGUCGCGUUUAUUGCUGGAACUCCGUGUACAUUGAAGUUGACCAAGAGUAACAGUACCAUCAAAUCGGUUGAGAUUAACUUCCUCAACAUCCACAAGAAGUUGAGAUCCAAGAGAUUGGCUCCAGUCUUGAUCAAAGAAGUCACCCGGAGAAUCAAUAAACAGGAUAUUUGGCAAGCUUUGUACACUGGUGGACAAGUGUUACCUAGCCCUGUUUCAACUUGUCGUUACACCCAUAGACCCAUUAACUGGUCCAAAUUGCAUGAUGUAGGAUUUUCUCAUUUACCUGAGAAUCUGACUAAGGCUAAGAUGGUUGCUCAUUAUACGUUACCUAAUGCCACCAACACUGCUGGUUUUAGAGAGAUGUCUGGUAAAGACUUGGACCAAGUAUUCGACUUGUUGACCAAAUUCCAAGAACGUUACGAGUUGAUCCAGGUGUUCACCAAGGACGAAAUGAACCACUGGUUAUUGGGUGGAGAGUCUGUUGGAGACUCAGGUAAGUCGAAUGUCAUCAAAACUUUUGUGGUGGAGAAUCAAGAUGGUAAAAUCACCGACUUCUUCUCGUACUACUUGUUGCCUUUCACUGUGUUGAACAACCCCGACCAUAAUGAGCUAGGAAUUGCUUAUUUAUACUAUUAUGCUUCCGACUCGGUAUGGGACUCGAAUAACGGCGAAGAUGAGAGUAUUUACAAAAAGAGAUUGAAUUCGUUGAUGCAAGACGUUUUGAUUACGUCCAAGCAAUUCGACGUCGAUGUUUUCAACUGUUUGACUUCCCAAGAUAAUCCUUACUUCAUCAAGCCUUGUAAAUUUGGAAAUGGAGACGGAUUCUUGAACUUUUACUUGUUCAAUUACAAGACCUUCCCUAUACAUGGUGGUAUCGAUCCCAAGACCAAGGAAGUCACGGUUAAGAAAGGAGGAAUUGGAACCGUGUUACUUUAAUUUCUUUAUGCCACUUCAAGUGGACCGUACAUAUAUUAGGUACUAGUUUAAUAAUACCCUACUAAUCUGAUCGUGGUCGCAGUGUUCUAAUUCUGGCGAAGCUCAUCUCACAUCGCA